CUGUAGGCUGCGUCUUGCGGCUGCGCGGAGGCACCUUGCUCGCCAGUGAUGGUCAGCUGUGAAAGGGACGGCCUCCGGAAAUGCGCCUUCGGCAUGUAACUCCGAGUUUCAGGGCGCCCUUACGGCAUCACAAUGUUCGUGUACGGUUCCGAAAUCACGUAGACAUGUAAUAUGUGUGUGCGAAGUGUUAUUUCACGGUGAAAAUCUGGCGUGAACGGUGCCGCAGUGGGUCGGGGAUCAUGGCGUCGGUCUCGGCCGAGCCCCCAGCAAGCCACGGGCACAGCUUCAGCAAGAAAACUUUUCACAAGCCCACCUACUGUCACCAUUGCACCGAUAUGCUAUGGGGCCUUAUACAACAAGGAUAUACCUGCGAAGUGUGCAACUUCGUAGUGCACGACCGCUGCCUGAAGACCGUGGUCUCCCCCUGCUCCAGCAUCGCAGCCAGUCUCAUCAAGAAUCCCGUGGCCCACUGCUGGUCCGAACAAACACACCACAAACGGAAGUUCUGCAAUGUAUGCAGGAAGAAGCUCGAUGACAGCUUGUCAAUACACUGUGAAAUUUGCGAGUACUUUGUACACGUAGAAUGCCAGGACUUUGCAGUGGCUGACUGCAAAGAAAAUGCAACAUAUCUCCCUGGCAAGGAGCUGUCAUCGGUACACCAUGAACACCACUGGCGUGAGGGUAACCUGCCGAGCAACUCGAAGUGUGUUGUAUGCAAGAAGACAUGCUGGUCAGCAGAAUGUCUGUCAGGAUACCGAUGCGAGUGGUGUGGCAUGACGUCUCAUGCUGUGUGCCGUAAGAGCAUUCCUCCUGAAUGUACAUUCGGAAACCUGGAACCCAUAUAUCUGCCCCCACAUGCUGUUAGCAUUCCCCGCACUGAGGUGCCAAUGGAGGCAAUAAUAGGGGUGCAGGUCCGACGGAAAGAGACCAUGUCCCGUGAGUAUUCGUGCCGCAAUGAUGAUAGUGGAAGCCGAGUUUCAGCUGUCAUGAAGGGACUAUCACUUGUUUUGCCUCGCAGCUGCAAGGGCAGUUGCCACACAUCACCUCCUUAUAUGAGAGCUCGAAGCAUAUCGGAAGAAUUCAGCAGUGGUGAUACACGUUACCGUGAUAAUGACGACGUACCACAUGCACGUGACAAAGGAAAAGAGAAGGAAGACAGAGAUGAAGAAAUGGUAAAAGUCUAUGAUGGUCACAGUUCAUAUCGAAGGCGCAUAUUCCGUGUCAUUACUGUGCCAAGACAGGCUUCAUUAGAACAAUUCCUCACAGCAGCACUUCGAGCAUUCCAUAUAACUAAGGAUCCAGCAAAUUUUUAUCUGACGGAUAUAUACGCUACAGAAGAAUCAAGACUUGCUGAAACUCCACUGUCAGACUCUCAUCCUGUGACAAAUCUGCACCGCAAAGAAGGAAAGCGCCCUGCUGUUUUUUUACGUUUCAGAGACCGAGAUAAUGACAGUGGUGAAGUAAAAGUUUAUCCAGGGAAACUGCAGGUUUCAGAGGCCUAUUGCACUAUUCCUGUAAAUGCAGAAACUACAAUUGAUGAUCUCAUCCGUGAAUCGCUUGGUCGCUUUGGACUUGAUAAUUCUAAAGCAGAAGAUUAUCGUCUUAGCCAGAUUCUGCUGGACAGGGGAGUUACGGAACAUGUUCUUUCAAGAGAUGAUAAGCCCUGGGAAAUAGUGAAGCAGUUGGGUAAAGAUUCUAUCCGCCAAAUGGAACUCAUGAGGUUCUACUUACAACUGAAGCAAGAUCCACAUGGUCCAAAUCUUGCUCUGUUUGUUGGAAAUUUACCACCAAAUAUUUCACAGAGAAAUUAUGAGAAUAUGCUAACUGAAUUUCUUGGGAAAGAAAAUAAAUUUUCUUCAAUUGGGCCAAUUUAUUAUGAAUAUGGCUCCAUGGUUAUUACUUAUGAAGAUGCAGACAAAGCAGUUCGUGCUUUAUAUAUCCUUCGGGAAUCAAAGUUUGAAGACAAACACCUUCUUGUUAUGCUGCUCCCAAACAUUGAACCCAGCACAGUACCUGCUGGCGUGCAACCCCUAUUGGUGUUUGUGAAUGUAAAGUCUGGUGGAUGCCAGGGUCUUGAGCUGAUCUCAAGUUUCCGCAAACUGCUUAAUCCCUAUCAAGUGUUUGAUCUUGAUAAUGGAGGACCACUCCCAGGGUUAUAUGUGUUCCGUCAUAUCAAGGACUACAAAAUUCUUGUUUGUGGUGGUGAUGGGACAAUCGGCUGGGUACUACAGUGUUUGGACAAUGUUGGCCAGGAUAGUGAGUGCUCAUCCCCUGCAUGUGCUAUUGUGCCACUGGGUACAGGAAAUGAUUUGGCUCGUGUGUUGCGGUGGGGCCCAGGAUAUACUGGUGGUGAAGAUCCUUUGAACCUUCUUAGAGACGUAAUUGAUGCUGAAGAAAUCAGAUUGGACAGAUGGACUGUUGUGUUUCACCCUGAGGACAAAGCUGAAGACAAAGGUGCUCCAUUAAGCACCGGUAAUUCUACAGAUCAUCUUCAGUCUGACAGACUUAAAGGUUUUCCGGCUAGAGGCAGUUGGAGGAGGGGGGUGUGUGCUGGAUCCACAAGCGAAGACAACACGCAAAUUUUCGUGAUGAAUAACUAUUUUGGUAUUGGAAUUGAUGCUGAUCUCUGCCUUGAUUUCCACAAUGCUCGAGAGGAGAACCCCAAUAAGUUUAACAGCAGGUUACACAAUAAAGGAGUCUAUGUGAAAAUGGGACUUCGUAAGAUGGUUGGACGAAAAAUGUGCAAAGACCUUCACAAAGAAGUUCGUCUAGAGGUUGAUGGAAAGCAUGUGGAACUGCCACAAGUCGAGGGCAUCAUAAUUCUCAACAUUUUGAGUUGGGGUUCAGGAGCAAAUCCGUGGGGACCAGAGAAGGAAGAUCAGUUCUCCAAACCAAAUCAUUGGGAUGGAAUGCUGGAAGUUGUAGGUGUCACAGGUGUUGUUCACUUAGGUCAGAUUCAGUCUGGCCUCCGGUCUGCAAUGAGGAUUGCUCAGGGAGGACACAUCAAAAUUCAUCUGAACUCAGAUAUUCCAGUUCAGGUUGAUGGAGAACCAUGGGUGCAAAGCCCUGGUGAUGUUGUUGUACUUAAAUCAGCUCUAAAGGCUACAAUGUUGAAGAAGAUGAAGGGAAAGAUGAAACGCCGCAACACAGAGCCACUAAUGCUGGUGUCUCCAGGGUCACAGUUCGUGCUGCCAGCGGACUCAUCAGCAAAUCACAACAACACUGCUGUAUGAAGAGUGUGAUAUUGUAAUUAAUCUUUUAUACUUUGUGAAUAUCAUUAAAUUGUAGCCUUUUUUAUAAAAAUGUAUAGGAAAAAAUGUACCCCAUUCCACAUUGAAUGAAUGUGUUGUGAGCAAUUGCUAAAGGAGCCUAAAUAAAUUCCAUAGUUCCCAUGAAUCACAGCAUACAAGCAGUGGCGCAGUGAACUAUGGAAAGACAUAUUUUUUAAUGUAAAUGUGAAAGAACUGUUAACCAACGCAGAUUGGUUUUAAUGUUCAGAAAUAAUUUUUGCUGUAAUUUAUUUUUCCCAUGUGGUUGACACUAAAUAGGUUAAGAUAGAUCUCAUUUCCCCAUCAUUUAAUAAUGUGCCCUAUGGUAGAUUGUCAGUUGCCCAUACUCCCACUAAGAGAAAGAAGCUAACUGCUUCUCCAUUCAGUAUUAAAUGAAUACUUGGGCAUAUUAAACAGUCCACAGGGCAAACUACCACUAGUCAUAAAACAUGUGUGUCUGUUGUGUACUUCUUUUUAAAACUGCAGAGAAAACUGGGCAUGGGUUUACACAAGUGUCUUGUGUGUGGCUGCAUGUACGCUUAAUUUUUGCAUUUAUGUUCUUAGUAUUGUAUACUGUAAUGACAAAUAUUACAUUAAAGUAUGGUAUUUUACCAGUGGACUUGGCACAGUGCGACAGUUAUGAUACUGUUACAUGUGUUGUGGACAGUGUAAGAGCACAACAAGACAUUGGGAACAGUUGUUACAGUUAUAUUACUACAGUGUGUAAAUGUAUUUUGCUGUCAGUCAUAAAAUGUAGGUCUGGGAAUCAGAUCCUACUUGUGACAGAAAGAGUGUAAAUUUUAAUGCAUAAUAAUUGCAUAUGUAAGUUUGGAGUAAUUAGCAGUUUUGUAGUAGAACAUGGACAUUGCUGAAUUUCUGCUAAAAACACUUCAGACUUACAAUCAUGCAAACAUUUCUAGUCAGGUCAACCGAAGACCAACGGCGAUAAACUAGGAUGAGAAAGGAAGCAUAAAGAUGGUUGUAAAAAUGUUGCUCUUUGUUAAUUGGUGUGUAAUGGAUUGUAUUUUUUCUGUACAGAGAGAAGAUAUGCAUACUUUGAAUAUUUGCAUGCAAAAAUGAAAAUGAGAGUGGCCAUUGUAUUCUGAGAGCAUUUCCAGAGGUACGCCAGUUAUGCUUCCUACAUUUCUCUGCAAUACAUUCCAUGUACAACAUUACAGAUAGAAUAAUGUGUGGUUGAUUACUACCUCACACUAUCACAUACUUGAUAUGACAUUGAAGAGGAUGGCUCACAUUCAUCCCUAAAUUUAAGGUAUACUCGUGAGCUUACCUUAAUUACCCCAAGAGUGGGGCUCCCCAGAUUUGACAAAAUAUUUUUAGAAUCCAUCCAGAAUCUCUGAGCAUAUGCUGCCAAUGGACAAACACAGAUAUGUAGUUCCAGAUGAUGUCGUACUGAUCUGUUGUUCUCCAGUGUGUUCUGAAAGGCAUGUGAUUUGUACAGAUUGUUGACAUGUGUGAUGUGUGAAGAAGAAAGUUACUUUGUGACUGAAGAUGUAUGGUUUUCUGAAGAAGGUUCUGUAGUUGGAUUAAUAUUGUUUGUGGUUCAUGAGCUGUGUUUGGUACAUGAAAGGGCUUUACUGGUAUCAUUCCACACUAUGAGGAAAGACUAUUUUAGAUACCAGUUCGUGAGAUAAAGGUUCCUUGACAGAUAUGCACAUAAAGUUACAGUUAAAGAAAAGCGAAUACACUGGAAGUUUUGCUUGUGAGAAAGAAGAUUGCCUGCAGGAAAGUGAAGAGUAUUUGAGACGUCCUUUGCAAGCAAUGUGCCAGGACCUGGUUGGAUGGAACACCAGUUGGUAACUCAGCUUGGUGCCCUAUUGGCGCUUUGUAGGUCGCGCUAGAAUCUAGUCAAUAUCCCACAUCCCUGUAGACUCCUCCAAGCUCAAUGUCAAACCGUGCGUGUCUGUCUGUUCUUUAUUCAUUUCAUAUUUUACAUGCUAAUAUAAUGAAAAUUCUAAAUUUUAUGGGUGUCUUGGUCCGUUCCGGAAACGGAUGUCAAGCCUCCUGGUUCCUAAUCAGCUAGAGAUGUAUGGGGCUCAGUUGUUGACGAGUUGCUAUUCCGGAGCUUAUCUCGUGAACAAUAAACAUUUUUAGCUGAUUUGUGAACAUAUAUGUUAAAGAUUCGACAAAAGCCUCACGUCACUGUUGCAUUAUAUUGAUAGCUAAUAUUAUAUUAUGCUCUGUACAAUCUAUACUAAAGAUCAAUGUGCUAUGUUCUCCUGUCGUUAUACCCAAAACCAACAAGUUGUUGAGCUUGCAAGUUCGGCAGCAGAUUGCACAGACUCGAUAAAUUAUCUGACAAUCUGGGUCAACAGCUAGCUCACACAGUUGGUGAACGUAUCGGCUGUGUUUUGGACUGCUCCAGGAUAUUUCGCAAUUAAAAUUGUGCAGUAUUGGUGUCUAAAUACGUUACUUAACCCUGGAACAGCUCAACACUUUAAAGAUCGAAUGUAUUUUAUUGAGUCUCUUGCAAUAAAGUCUCUCUACAUACGAUAUAUAUAUAAAUAUAUAUAUAUGUAUAUGAUGUGAAGAUGAUAAUAUAGAUUAUAUUAUAACUUGUGGAUAUAGAAAGGUAUUAAAUGUAACUUC